AUGCGCGUACAAUGCGUCAGAGCAGAGAUCCGAGAUGACGCCCAAACGGCUGCUGCUGCUACGGCUACACAACGAAAGUUUGCACUGGGUCUUCAGUUUCCCUGCGCCUGGCUUGAACGAGAUGGGUUUUUUGAUCCACGGAAUAAUUUUGUCUCAAAAACACCAUUUGUGCAGAGCCGGUCGCAGUGUACUGGAAGGGGCCAUUGCUAUAUGAACUGGUUGCCAAUUAACUCACCUCACUCAAUUACAUUUAAGCUUAUUGGCAUUGAUGAUAUGCAGGACUACCAGUUCCAGGCACACUUUUGCGAUCCAGUGUAUAGAUCGCAGCAUCUGCACUGUACCAAACAAGAGGGUGAGGUGGCUUUCACAUUGCGACAGAUUGGUACUUGGCUCACGCUGACCAACGUUUUCUGUCGCUGCCCCCAACCCACAGAGGUUUCCUCGGUCAGCUACGCUCACGGCGUCAGACCCACUGAUUUGGCUUUCAGGGGCGUCUUCUACGAAAUGACCUGCGCCCCUAUGCGUGAAUGCAGAUCCGACGAGAGCUGUUUCAUUGAGACACCAAGCACGGACGGUCUACUCUACGGAGGCAAGGUGAUGUGUCAAUGUCCAAAGAAAACAUUCUGUCCCAUCUACUUCAUUGGCAAUAAACGCACUGCUUACACAGACAGUCAAAACAGGCUCACGCACUACGGCAUUAAAUGCAAAAAGCGAUCCUAUUAG